AUGGCACUUUCCACCCGUUUCGUUCUCCUCGCUCUCGCUGUCUGUAGCGCUCGCGCCGGCACCACACUCUGGUCCGGGAACUUCAAUGCGUAUCCAACGGCCGCUGCGUUCGACAAAUGGAGUUGGAGCAACCAGGUCGGAGAGUACCAAUGGUACAUCCACGGCACACAGAACACGUCGCAUUAUCUUGCUUUGGAUCCGUCGUUCAAAAACCCUGCGGACACGAGCGAGACGAAUGGAUUGCGGAUGACGAUCGAUCCCAACGCGACGUGGAACUCGCAGAUGGAAAGAGCGGAGCUCAUUCCACAGACAACCGCGAAUCUGGGCAGCGGAAACCUCUUCUACCAUUUCUCGAUUUCGCACCCGCCGACCAAUCUGCCCGACUCGACACUCGAACAUCAGAUAUGCUUCUUCGAGAGCCACUUUACGGAGCUCAAGUAUGGUGUCGGGGCGAACCCGACACACUUGACGUGGAUGAUAACCGGCGUCGGCCACUACGACGUGCCCUUCACUCCCGGGACGUGGUACAACUUUGCGUACGACAUCGACUUCACAGCCAAGACAGUCGGAUUGUGGGCCAGCACAGCCGGGAAUCCGCUCGUCAAGGUCGUGCAGAAUGUGGCCACGUCUCCCUCCACAAACUCGGCAGACUGGCAUCUCGGUGUGCUCAGGAUCGUCAACGGUGGAACACCUGAAGAUUGGUACUUUUCCGGAGUAUACAUCGAGAACGGGCCCAUUACGACUGCUAUCGGAUCUGGCGCCCCAAGCAACUCGAGCACGACAACUGCUCCGCCAUCGACGACCACUGUUUCCAGUGCUCCGGUAACGACACCGACGACGACGACCGCCAGUGGGCCGACGCAGACCCAAUACGGCCAGUGCGGAGGUGCGGCUCAUACCACACAGACCGCCAGCACAAUCUUGAUGAACUUUCCAGGAACGGGAUACACAGGACCCACCACUUGCGCCUCGCCAUUCACAUGCAAGGCCAUCAGCCCACCUUACUACUACCAGUGCCUGUGA